AUGUAAUAAUUUGAAGAAGAAGAAGAUUAUUGUUCUAGAGGAAGAAGAAGAGUAAAAUUAAAUUAAGAGCAAGAUACUAUUAUUCCUUUGAUACCUGGAAUAUUGGAUAUGAUUUUCUAAUUUUUAACACCUUAAUAGCAUCUAUAAAUGAGAUUGGUUUCUCAUCAAUGUAAUGCUGUAGUUUAAUAAUUUAUGAAAAAGUUUCUAGUUACAUAGAUAUCAAAGGGAACCUUUUAAUAAUUCAAUAAUUUUAUUAGUAUUUAAUUUUAGCAAAUAAUAAUAGGAUAAUUUUCAGGAUUAACAAAAAUAAAAUUACCUCCAAUUUCUUCGGAUGAACAUAAAUUAUGCGAUGAAAUAAAUCCACAAUAUUUAGUUUAGGUUAUUUUCAUUGAUUUUUUGAAUGAUUCAUAAUCUUAAUAGACAUACUUAAAAGAGUUUUUUUUAAAAUAUACAUCUAUUAUUUCAGUUGGAAUCAAUAAAUUUUAAGCUCUUAAUUGGUUACCACUUGAAAAUAUAAAACAAUUAGAUUUAUCAACUGUUAUGGAAAUUAAAGAUAAAAGCUUUUUGGAACUUACUCGAAGUUUAGUUUCUCUAUCUAUUCAUGUUUAAGAGACUAACUAUUUUUUUUCAACAAGUGAAUUUCCACCUUUAGAACUAUUAAAAAUGUUAAAAAUCAAAUUAUGGGGUCCAACUUUUAAAGAAGAACAUUUUCCAAAUUUCUUAAAUUUUUUGGACUCUAUAAAAAAUCUAGAAAUACUUGAAUUAUCAUUUAAUUCUUAUGAGUCAAAUGUCAUAAAGUAAGAUGUAUUAAAUGCAUUUAUAAGUAAAUUACCAAGUAUAUAAUAUUUUAAAUUUAGAAUUACGUAUUUUAUAUGCAUUUUCUUGUUAUGAAUAAAUCCAGAACGCUCAAUUUCUACAUAGAUUUGAUUAUUUAGUCAUAGAAAAUAAUAGAUAUAUUAAAUUAAAACCUUUAGAUAUACCAACUUUGGAAACACUUUUAGCAUUUACAAGUGUAUUGGACAUAACAAAUUGUAUUUUAGAAGAAGAUAAUUAAAAACUAAUUUAGCAAUUUUUGGAGAAUUAAAGAGAAAACCCAUCAUAAAACAAUGAGUCUAUUUUAAAAGUAAUAAUAAAAUUAAUUUUAAAGGUUUCAUUUGAAUAAAACUAUAUAUAAACAAAUUAUCAAAGGUUUCCAAAAGUAUAAAAAAAUAAUAUAUUUACUACUUUUUGGGAUUCUGCCUAUUAUUCAAUUUGA